GCGGCCGGCAUGGGCAGCCGCCGGUACCGGCAGCGCCGCUUCUGGGAUGAGCUGUACCGGCAGGAGGGGGCCGAGCCCCGGGAGUGGCUGGGGGGGCUGUCCCGUUUCCUUCCACAGCUGGAAGCUGAGCUACGUCCCGGUGAUCGCAUUCUUGUUCUCGGCUGUGGCAACAGUGCCCUGAGCCACGACCUGCACGAGCUGGGCUACACCGAUGUCACCAGCAUCGACUUCUCCCCGGCCUGCAUCGCCGCCAUGCGCGCCCGCUACGCCCGCUGCCCCGGCCUGCGCUGGGCCGUCAUGGACAUCCGCGCCCUCACCUUCCCCAGCGCCACCUUUGAUGUUGUGCUGGAGAAGGGCACCCUCGACGUCCUGAUGGUGGAGGAGGCCGACCCGUGGAACGUCUCGCCCCAGGCCAUCGCCUCGAUGCACCGGGUGCUGGCAGAGGUGAGCCGGGUGCUGCGCCCAGGGGGCUGCUUCAUCUCCAUCACCUUCGCCCAGCCCCACUUCCGCAAGCCCCACUAUGCCCAGGAGGCCUUUGGCUGGUCCCUGCGCCACGUCACCUGUGGGGACCAGGACGGGGACACCGGCACCUUCCACUACUUCCUCUACAUCAUGCGGAAGGGGCAGCCCCUGGAUGCCCCUGACCUGGCUCUGGGGCGCCGGCUGCACCAGCCCCCUGCUCCCCCUGCCCCGCUGCCCCCUGCCCCCCUGGAUGAUGAUGAGGACUAUCUCUUUGCCAUCCAGCUGUGACCCGAGGGAGAGGUUUCCCCUCGUCCCUCCAACCUAGUAAAGCCUUAAGCUGCUCCACCCUCCUGGGUUGGGGACAGGGAACCAGUGCAGCCUCCCAUGCUGCUCAGUGAUGUGAGUAAUGGGAGAAAAGGGAUAAGGAUGUGUCUUGGCCUCCUCCUGGGGGGUAGCGGGAGAUGCUGUGGCCCCUCUCCCUCCCCCCAAGCCCUUCUCUGGCCCAGCUGGAGAGCAGCCAGGGCUCUGGGCUUUGCAGCCUGUAAUGAAGCCAAAUCGGGUUUAAUUCCACCCAUCCAUCUUGCAGGGAGCAGCUCCCUGUCCCCCCCCCUGCCCAGGCAGCUGGGCUAGGGGCAGGAUGGGGGUUGCUGUCACUGGGGGUAGGGCUGGGGUUUCUCACUGCCCCCCUGUCCCACCACGGCACCCCCAGAUCAGCCUGAGGCCAUGGGGGUGCACAAGGGCACCAUGUCCUUGUCACCCCCUGGCUGGGCAGAAAGGGACAUGCCAGCGAGGGGCUGGGGGCACCACAGGGCAGGUGUGCAGGCAGCGUGGCACACUGCCCCAUCCUUCUCCAUCCCUGCUUCUGGCUGCGGUGACAACCCUGGAGUGCCACACACACCUGGCCUGGUGACACGCCUGUGCCAGGGCUGGUGGCAGGUGUGCUGGCAGGGCUAGCUGUGCCUGGGUGUCAGUGCCAUGGCUGUGCAGGUGCUACCUGGGGUGUCCCCAGGGGCUCUUUGGGCACCAAACCCAACCCCCUCCAGGAGGCGUGGGGAGGACCCCUCCUCAGAGGGACAGCAGGGACAGAACGAAGAGGCACGAGCCGCCAGGCUGUUAUUUCUGGCAAAAGGUGUAAGUGGGUCAGCCAGUGGCUCCCCCUGCGCCGGGAGCCAGCAAAGGACUCCAGGGCCAGCUCCCCCUCCCCAUGCCACCCCAUCCCAAAGGCACCCCGAAG